CACACACACAGAGUGAGACUCUGAUAGGCACGCGCGCUCAAGCACAGACAAAUAGAGCAUUGGAUUGUGAUUCUACUGCAGAUUUAGAAUAAUGGGGUUAUUCAAUUGAGUGAAGAAAUUUUGUUGGAUUAAUUUGGUGGAUUAGUGUGGAGGGGGGCCUUGUUCUUGAAGUCUUUCUUAGGGCACUUUUUUCUGGGGAUUUUUCAGGGACUUCAUUGUUGCUGACAGGUGAGGUGAGGUGAGGUGCAGCUUAUUGAUUACUUUGGUUUGUACAAUGUUAUAAGGUGCCUCGGUAUGGAUGUGGUUGAAUUAGGGGGAGCUUUUGCAGCUAAGCAGAUGUUUUAAUGAAUUACCAGACUGGAAAGUUCAAAAUAUGGAUAGACUGGAUUUAGGAUUCAAUCACUCUGGAUCUGUGCAAUCGGAGGAGUCAGCCCUGGAUUUGGAGAGAAAUUAUUUCAACCAACUUCCUUUGUCAAGUCCACCACCACUGCAAGCCUUUGCAUCAGGUUGUCAGGUCGCCGAGAGCAAUGCUGCCUACUUCUCAUGGCCUUGCCGCUUGGAUGCUGCUGAGGACCGGGCCAAUUACUUUGGUAACCUUCAGAAGGGGGUUUUACCUGAAACCCUGGGGGGACGUCCCACGGGACAGCAAGCUACAACAUUGCUUGAAGUUAUGACCAUUAGAGCAUUUCAUAGCAAAAACUUGCGCCGCUUUAGUCUUGGUACAGCAAUCGGAUUUCGUAUCCGGCGAGGUGCUUUGACAGAGAUACCAGCUAUUCUUGUCUUUGUUGCCAGAAAAGUUCACAGGCAAUGGCUCAACCUUGUCCAAUGUCUACCAGCUUUUCUUGAGGGACCAGGUGGUGUUUGGUGUGAUGUUGAUGUUGUGGAGUUCUCAUACUUUGGGGCACCGGCAGCAACUCCAAAGGAACAGCUAUAUACUGAACUUGUUGAUGGUUUACGGGGAAGUGAUCCAUGCAUUGGUUCUGGUUCCCAGGUUGCUAGUCAGGAAACAUAUGGAACCUUGGGUGCGAUUGUUAAAAGUCGGACAGGAAUCAGGCAGGUUGGUUUCCUUACCAAUCGUCAUGUAGCAGUUGACUUGGAUUAUCCAAGCCAGAAAAUGUUUCAUCCUCUGCCACCUAGCCUGGGGCCUGGGGUGUAUUUAGGUGCUGUGGAGAGGGCUACAUCCUUCAUAACAGAUGAUCUUUGGUAUGGCAUAUUUGCUGGUACAAACCCAGAAACAUUUGUUCGAGCUGAUGGAGCAUUUAUUCCAUUUGCCGAAGAUUUCAACAUGUUGAAUGUAACGACGUCUGUGAAAGGAAUAGGAGACAUAGGUGAUGUCAAUAAAAUAGACUUACAGUCUCCUGUUGGUAGCGUCAUUGGUAGGCAAGUGGUGAAAGUUGGAAGGAGCUCUGGUCUUACGACUGGGAACAUUAUGGCCUAUGCCCUGGAGUAUAAUGAUGAAAAAGGAAUUUGUUUCUUUACAGAUUUUCUAGUUGUUGGUGAGAACCAACAGACAUUUGAUCUUGAAGGUGACAGUGGUAGCCUCAUUCUCUUGACUAGCCCAGAGGGGGAGAAGCCACGGCCUAUAGGAAUAAUUUGGGGGGGAACUGCCAAUCGAGGUCGUUUAAAAUUGAGAGUUGGCCAACCUCCUGAGAAUUGGACUAGUGGGGUUGAUUUGGGGCGUCUCCUUGAUCUUCUUGAACUUGAUCUCAUUACAUCCAACGAGAGUCUCCAAGUCCCUACUUCUGUAUUCACUUCCUCUAAAUCAGUUGCAUUGCAAGAUCAAAUUAUUGCAUCAGCUGCGGGUACUGGUUCUGCUGUUGGAGGGUCGUCACCAGCAGAGCGGAUUCAAUUGAAAGCUGAAGAAAACUUUGAGCCAAUCAAUUUAAACGUCCGACAAGAUCCCAUUGAUGAUGAAUCUGACGAAGGGAUAGUUCCACCACUCGAGCAUAAACACUUCCACAUUCAGGAUAGAAAUAAAGCAACUCCCUGCGUUGAGCAUCAGUUUAUCCCAAGUGUCUCUGGGAUUCAACAUGGAAAUGGGGAAUUAAAAAGACUCUCUGUGAUGGGAGGAUCAGAUGAUGAGAUGUAUGUUUCUUUGCAGCUAGGGGAGCAGCGCGAACCAAAGAGAAGGAAACAAUGAUGAGUCGUCUCCGUUUGCCAAAAAAAAAAAAAAAAAGAGUGAAUUGCCUCAUUUUAUUUGCUUCAUUUGUCUUUGGGAGGCUCAGUCAUGCACUGAGCUGGGAGGACUUGUAGUAUUAUUUAAGCCCCCCACCAGUAUGAGUAUUAUUAUUAUUAUUCUUUUUCACUUUUAAUUCAUGAAGCUACAUAUAGAGGUUAGAUAUUAAGUUGUACAAUAUGUAAGAAAUGUGUUUAGAAGAGAAGUGUAUCUAUUUGUUGUAUCAUUUCUGUGAAGCUGUCAUACAAAAUUUAUGAAGUGGAGUAAGCCCC